AUGGUUGUUAACGUUGCUAUUGUCGGUGUCGGCCUUGUCGGCUCAGAGUUCAUUCGCCAGGUGCUCGCCACCCAGUCCAAGAAGAUCGCCGUCAUUGCCGUCGCCAACUCUCGCCAAAUGCUUACUUCGACCCAACCCUUGACCGCCUCCUGGAAGGAUGAGUUGGCUGCAAGUGGAGCCACGAAGCCCUUUACCCUCGAUGCCUUCACUGCCUCCUUGGCUGCCUCUAAGGCUUCUCACCCCACCGUUGUCUUGGACUGCACCUCGAACGAGACUGUAGCGGCCUACUACCCAACCUGGCUGGAGGCUGGAUUCCAUGUGGUGACUCCCAACAAGAAGGCAUUCUCGGGUGAUUUGGCACUGUACAAGAAGAUCAAGGAGUUGAGUAGCCAACCUGGAUCGCCUCUUGUCUACCAUGAGUCCACCGUUGGCGCUGGUCUUCCUGUCAUCAACACUCUGAACGAUUUGGUCAACACUGGCGACAAAAUCGUCAAGAUCGAGGGUAUUUUCUCCGGCACCUUGUCCUACAUCUUCAACAAUUUUUCCACACUUGAUGCCUCAGCCAAGCCUGUCAAAUUCUCUGAAGUCGUCUCUGUUGCCAAGGAGCUUGGAUACACAGAACCCGAUCCCCGUGACGAUUUGAACGGCAUGGACGUAGCCCGCAAGGUCAUUAUUCUGGGCCGCGUCGCAGGUCUGGACCUGACCCAGGAAACUGUUCAGGUCGAGAACAUCGUCCCCGAAUUGCUCCGCAAUGCCUCGCCCCAGGAUUUCAUGUCAAAGUUGCCCGAAUUCGACGCUCAUUUUGAAAAGUUGAACCAGGAAGCCGUUCAGAACCAACAGGUCCUUCGUUAUGUCGGACUUGUCGAUCCUGUGAACGGAAAGAGCAGCGUCACCCUUGCCAGAUACCCUGCCAACCAUCCCUUUGCCUCGUUGAAGGGAAGCGACAACAUCAUUGCCUUCACUACAGAGCGUUUCCCUAGUCCCUUGAUCAUUCAGGGAUCCGGAGCCGGUGCUGCUGUCACUGCCUUUGGCAUCCAUUCUGAUAUUCUCAAGAUUGCGGAGCGUACUCAGCACUAA